GACUCCCCUAUCCUUGGAAAAAGACCUUGGCUUUUCACCCUAGUCAUGCUCCCCAUGACUAUACAUGUAUGUAAAGUUUUUAAAUGAAUAAAGUCUAUUUUUGAAAUUUAAAAAAAGGAGAUAAUGAGGGAACCUCCUCCGAGGUGAAUCGUCUCUGGCACAGAGAGCUACCGUAUGUUAUUCGACGCAGCAGCAUUUGCAGUAAAGCCCGGGAUUGUCAGGCGGUGCACUCCUCUGUUCAACACCAACCAACAAGGUCCUGGAAGUACAGCAGAAUGCAGAGGCCAUCUUUCGAGUGUUCACCAACAGCACUGGAGAAAGAUUGUGAACAGAGGUACUACGCUGACCCAUAAUCUGGCACCCACUGGUCAACAUUGGUUACUGCUAGUCAACAUUGGUUACUGCUAGUCAACACUGGUUACUGCUGCUGUUUCUUGGUUACUGCUGAUCAACACUGAAAACUGCUGGUCAACAUUCGUUACUGCUGCUCUUCACAGAUUACUACUGGUCAACAUUCGUUACUGCUGCUCUUCACGGGUUACUACUGGUCAACAUUGGUUACUGCUGGCCAAUCCUGAUAACUGUUGGUCAAUGCUGUUACUGCUGAUUAACAAUGGUUACUACUGGUCAAACUGCUCGAGGGUGUCAGAAAUUUACACUGGUUACUCCUGAUCAGUGCUAUUAACUGCUCGUCAACUCUUAUUAGUGAAUGCUGUUACUUCUAUUUAAUAAUGGUUACUACAGGUCCAUGCUGGUAAACUUUGGUCUAAAUUAGUUACUACUGGUACUUGAGCAAUACUGGUACUUGCUGGUUAACAUUGGACUGGACAAUACUAGUAACAGCUGGUCACUGCUGGCCAAUAGUAGCCAACGUUACUGGGCAGAAUGAGGAGCCGAAGCAAUUCGGGUGUUCGAUUGGAUGGGUAUGCAAGGUUGGUGCAACAAACCAUUCUGUGUCACCAGAACCCUGUUACAGGACUGUUGCCGGCUAGUAUAGAUCAGAGAGAUGCUUGGGUACGAGAUAACGUGUACAGUAUCCUUGCAAUAUGGGGCCUGGGAUUGGCAUACCGUAAGAACGCUGACCAAGAUGAAGACAAGGCUAAAGCCUACGAACUUGAACAGAGUGUGGUGAAGCUAAUGAGAGGACUCCUUCAGUGCAUGAUACGCCAGGUGGAAAAAGUGGAAAAGUUCAAGCGAACACAGAGUACAAAGGACUCCCUCCAUGCCAAGUACAACACCUCCACCUGUGGUACUGUCGUCGCUGAUGAUGAGUGGGGUCAUCUCCAGGUGGAUGCUACGUCCCUCUAUCUCUUAUUUUUGGCUCAAAUGACAGCCUCAGGGUUACGCAUCAUUUUCACCCUCGAUGAAGUAUCGUUUAUACAGAACCUUGUAUUUUACAUUGAGGCUGCCUACAAAGUAGCUGACUAUGGCAUGUGGGAACGUGGUGAUAAAACAAACCAGGGAAUAGCAGAGCUGAACGCAAGCUCUGUCGGCAUGGCCAAGGCAGCUCUGGAGGCAAUUGAUGAGCUGGAUUUGUUUGGUGCACGUGGAGGUCCCAAGUCGGUGAUUCAUGUUCUUCCUGAUGAGGUCCAGCUUUGCCAGUCCAUUCUUCUUUCUAUGUUACCUAGAGCUUCAACAUCCAAAGAGAUCGAUGCCGGACUUCUCUCAAUUAUUUCCUACCCGGCUUUUGCUGUGGAUGAUAUUGAUCUUGUAAAUAUCACGAAGAAUGAAAUAAUUACAAAAUUGCAGGGGCGGUAUGGUUGUUGUCGGUUUCUGAGAGAUGGUUACAAAACUCCAAGAGAGGACCCCAGCAGAUUACAUUAUGACUCUGCCGAACUACAGUUAUUUGAGAACAUUGAAUGUGAAUGGCCGGUGUUCUGGACCUAUCUCCUCAUCGAUGGGGUCUUUAAAGAAGAUAAGGUGCAGAUUGAAGAAUAUAGAGAGGCCCUGGAAGAGGUUCUUAUAAGAGGACAGAAUGGCAUACGCCUCAUUCCAGAACUGUAUGCUGUUCCCCCAGAAAAGGUGGAUGAAGAAAAUGAGAACCCGCAUACUGUGGACAGAGUCGCAAAAGGAAAACUGCCACACAUGUGGGGACAGUCAUUAUAUAUCCUCGGGACUCUGCUGGCUGAGGGAUUUCUUGCUCCCGGGGAGAUUGAUCCUUUGAGCCGAAGACUAUCCACCGUUAGCAGGCCUGAUGUCGUGGUCCAAGUAUCGAUAUUGGCAGAAACCGAAAAAAUAAAGAACAUCUUGGCAAAGCAUAACUUCGUUGUAGAUGGCGUUUCUGAUGUUCUGCCCAUCAGAGUGCAGCCAGGAAGAAUUCUUAGUCACCUCUAUGCAAAACUAGGCUGCAACAAGAAGUUGAAACUCAGCGGGCGCCCGUAUCGCCACAUCGGGGUCCUCGGUACCUCCAAGUUGUACGUCAUCAGAAAUCAAACCUUUGCCUUCACUCCACAGUUCAUCGACCAACACCAGUUUUACUUGGCACUGGACUGCCGUAUGAUUGUGGAGAUGCUGCGGACUGACCUGGCCUACCUGUUCUCCUGCUGGAAGAUGACGGGCCGACCGACUGUCACCUUCCCCAUCACUCAGAGCAUGCUGUCGGAUGAAGGGACAGAUAUCGACUCGAAUAUUCUCAGCACCCUUCGGAAACUCCAGGACGGAUACUUUGGUGGAGCCAGGAUCAAAACCGGGAGAUUAUCCGAAUUCCUCGUUACCUCUUGCUACACACACCUAAGCUUCUUAGACCCGGGACCCGAUGGGCUGCUGCUGGAUGACUGUUUCAGCGAGGAUAGUGCUAGCCCCAACAAUGAGAUGGAAGAUGCUGUCUCUGUGAACGAUACGUGCUAUCGAAAUGAUGGAAAUCAGCCCAGGAACAAGUCUUGGGACGAAUGUCAGGAAAGACAUCUUGUGGAGAGGUUUGACGUCGAGAAUCUGCCGAGAGAGAGAGUUUUUGUGAAAUCGUCGAAAGGUGAUAGUGAAGAUGAGCUUGUGAAAUAUAUAAAUCAUCUGCUCCAAAGCACAACACCCAUGUCGAAGCGAUUGCCUCCGACAUCGAUAAGUCCAGGCAUGCAUCACGUGUUUGAGGCUGCUCACACUACCAGGGACAUAAUAUCGAUGGUGGCCAAAACGAAGGGACUGGAGUUACCAAAUGUUUCCUUGUACCUGCCCAUUAAAGUUCCAAUUCCUCAACAGAAAACUGCAAACUUAUUGAAAGUCCCAAAGCUGCAGCCAGGGAAGUUUUCGACCAAGUCGGACCAUCAGGUGGAUCUGAGUUUGCCCAAGGAUGCUCGUGGUGAGGUGGACAUUGCUUCACUUGUGGAACAGCUGAAGGAGUGCCUCACACUGCAAGAUCAGGCGGAUAUCCUUUACAUUCUGUAUGUCAUUAAAGGCCUGGACUGGGACACCAACGUUGGAGGACAGAACUGUGCCACAGUACGCAGUCUGAUGACGGAACUGUACAGCAAGGCCGGCCAAAACUGGGACUGGGGAUUGAUCCGCUACAUCUCGGGCAUGCUGAGGAAGAGGAUCGAAAUUCUGGCUGAGGUAUGUGUCUACAGGAAUUGGCAUAGCCCUUCCACGUGUGUGUGUCUACUCUCGCAUCCCAGGGAAAAGACCUUACCAAUGCCACCUAAUGAACUGGCGCAGCUUAUUUAUGAAGCAAGUGGACAAGACAUUAGCUUAGCAGUUCUUACUCAGGAAAUCAUGGUUUACCUUGCGAUGUAUGUGAGGACUGAGCCAGGCCUCUUUGCUGAAAUGCUCAGGUUGCGAGUUGGGCUGAUCAUCCAGGUGAUGGCGACAGAGCUAGCCUAUAGCCUUAGCUGUUCAGGGGAGGAGGCUUCUGAGACCUUGAUGAAUCUGAGUCCUUCAGACAUGAAGAAGCUGCUACACCACAUUCUAAGUGGAAAGGAGUUUGGGGUUGAAAAGAGUGUACAACCCAUCGAUUCCGCUGCUAUCAGCCCCAUCAUUUCUAUCCAUGAAGUUGGUCAUGCUGGAGCAACAAAGACUGAGAGAACUGGAAUCAGUAAAAUAAAGUCGGAAAUAAAGCAGUUCUCCUUUUUCAGUGGAGGUUCGUUAGAGUCCAGCAUUCAGCCACAAAGAUCAAUGGUAAUCACUCCAGUGUGGUACAGUGUUAGCCCUCAGCCUGUCCAACAGUCACUGCCGUGUGGUACAGUGUCAGCCCUCAGCCUGUCCAACAGUCACUCCCGUGUGGUACAGUGCAGCUGCCAUGUAUCCAUUAGCUAUUUGAGUGUGCUCACCACUUUAACCUUGGGUGAUUCAUGUUCCAGUCACAUUUUUAUUGUUCACUUCCAGAUGACGGCCCAAGAGAUCAAGUUUGCCGUUCACGUGGAGUCUGUUUUGAACCACGUCCCUCAGCCCGAGUACAGACAGCUUCUGGUGGAAGCAAUCCUGGUUCUCACAGUCCUGGCAGAUCUGGACGUCCACAGUAUUGGGGGGAUCAUCUAUGUGGAUCACAUUGUGCACUUGGCCAAUGAUUACUUCCUGCAGGAUCAGAAAUCCCUUGGUGCAAAUGAAUCCUGGUUAGAGAUUGACGGGGCCACAAGAGUCUGCAACAUGUUCUACGACAGUGCUCCAAGUGGGAGCUAUGGCACCAUGACUUAUUUGACGAAGGCUGUUGCUACCUAUGUACAGGACUUCCUGCCUAGUGCUGGCUGCUUCAUGCAAUAGAAACCGAGCAUGUUAAAACAAACCUCAUGGAAUGAAGGAGUUACCUUCCCGUGUCAUUUUGAUAACUACAAGCUUGAAGUGAACAGAUUUCCAAUAAAACUCCGACGUCUGGAUUGCAUUAGAACACUGGAUAGUAUGAACUGUGUCUCAGGCUCAUCCUGUGUGUAGCUCUCAUUCAUCUAGCACAUUGUAACCAUUAGAACAGGGCCACCCUCUUAGGGUGAAAGCUAACACAUUGAACUGUCUUAAAAUCGGCUAAAUUCUGUAGUUUGAAAAAUGUUAAUCCAAUUUCACAACUUUCCUAUGCUCAAUUUACUCACUAGAUCACCAAUUGUCUCAAUUUACAAAAGCAUGAUAAGGCAUGUUUUAAUACUCAGAGGAACACAAGUGUUGGAUUCAAUCACUUUAGAUUGUAAUAAUUGUGAUGUGAUUCACAGUCUAUUUCACUGGCAAAUAUAUUAUGCAUGUGAGAGACAAGGCAGAGUUUGUUUGUAUUUCAUAAAGUCAUAUUGAACAAAGAGAUCAAGGAGAAAACCAAAAAAAUGCUUUGUUUGUUCCCGGGAUGUGGGAGUUGCUGGCUGGCCAGUAUUGAUAGCCCAUCUCAAUUUGUCCUUGAGAAGGUAGGGGUGAGUUGCC